GUCGAUACAAGCGUAGAAGCCGCGGAGAGAGAGACCGGAGGCUUAGAAAGGACUCGACUUAUAUUCCACCAAGCGUUGAUGAUCUCGAGCCAUCACCAGACCAAUUCUCUUCCCAAGAAAACUGAAGCGACAAUCUUCAACCGCACCUCAAUGGGUUUGUGUUUAACAAGACCUCUGGCAAACUUGCAACAUUGGCUUCGGCGUUCACCGACGAAAGGCAACACGCAUUUACGCCACUCGGCUGCAAUGUAAAUGGAUGUUUAAAAAUACAUGCGCUUGCGCAGAAGACAUGGCCAGAAGAGAACUGGCAAACGAUGUUCGCGCGAUGGCCAUCGGCAAAAGAAAAACGGGAAUGGAGGUUGGAAUGACGAGUGCAGCGAUGCCAUGCGUACAGGAGUGCGGUUCCGGCUCUGUGAAUCGUAGAUUUUUCCUACCCAUACCCGAGACGUGGCCAGGAUUUUGAGACUGCUGCGGUGAGAAGAUCAACGUGGAUUUUUUUUAUAGAUGACUAAUUUAUUGGAAAUUUAGUUUAAAAAAAAAAGAUUAAACUGCCAGAUUGGUCGCCUUGUGAGCAAGCCCAAAAGUAAACCAACUCUUGUGAAGUUUUUACGGACUCUGCAAGCCCACUCUCUCAAGGAUUCUCUCCGUUACGAAGCAACGAUAACUCGCUGCGUAAUUCGCCAGGCUUGGCUCGCAAAGUGUGGCUCCUCCCACCUGGUCCCAAGACGUCUCGCCAGCGUGGAAGUAGGAGGCCAAAAUACCUUCUGGUGGGGUCCUCUCGUGCCCCCUUGGAUUGGAGACCCUUCUGUCAGCGGUGGCGUGUGCGGAAUAAUUGCAGGGCUGCACCUUUCAUUUCCGUCCAUGUUCAAUGAGGACACUUGUCUGCACGAGUAAUGUUUGCGCCGGGCCUCCCAUCGGCCAACGACAGUAACUCCGACGAUUAGCACAUUUGGCUACGUGCGAGAAGAAGUACAACACAUUCAGCUUGCCGAUCUUCAUUAUCAUCAUCGCUUAAUGUCCAUACCACCCCGUCUAUACGGCACAUCUUGACGUGCCAGACCCAAGGGACGUUUGAGAUCAUUACUCGGCAAGGAAGUAGCGAUCGCAGGUCAAAUACGAUGUUCAUAAACGAUACAAGUUAGACGGAACACCCAACGAUUGCCAUCACGUGACCCGGUUGGACCAAUCGGAGGCAGGCUGGCUGACCUCGGAUCCGAAAGAAAGCAUUGCUGGAAGGUGAAGGGAAAUAUCGACAAGCUGCGGAAUUUUGAGUAACGCCACAAUUUGUGAAAUAUCCGAUAUUUUGAGAUUGGCGGAUUUUCAAGAGCAGCAGCUUUUUGGGGGAAACGAACGGUGAAAUUUGUCGUGAACCUUUGGGAUUUUGGCGAACAGCGGGUAUAUCCGCAGGUGGCAAUUUUUUUUGAAGAACAGCUGAUUUUGGAGUUCAGCGGAAAAUUUGUGGGGAAUCGAACGGAGGACUUUUUGCAAGAACGGCAGAAUAUUAGCGAACGGAUUUUUUUCGGUGGAUUUUGGUGGUUGGUGGGGUGGCGACGGCGACGCACCACGGAGUUUGGGGGAUUUCCGCCGGAGAUUGACGUCGGCCAUGGCGGAGCACGCGGACCUGAUGGCCGAGCUGACGUCGGUGGAGCGGAUGAGUGCCCAGGAGCGACUGCGCCACGCGCAGAAGCGCCGUGCGCAGCAGCUGAAGCGAUGGACGCAGCACGAGAAGGAGGAGCAGCACGGCAAGCGGAAAAAGAAGAGAGCGGGCGGCAAAGGGGGAGGAGAAGGAGGUUCGGGAGAUGCAAAGACGGGUUUGGCCGGGACGUCCGGUAAAGCAUCGCCCCAGAAAGGCGUGCGUUUUACUCCCAACAUCACCCUGUUGGAGGCUGCAGCACGGAACGACGUCGCUGAAGUGAAACAGAUUCUGGAGACCCGAGUUAACCCCGACCUCUGCAAUGAAGAUGGACUCACCGCCCUCCACCAGUGCUGCAUCGAUGACUUCGAGGAGGUGCUCAAGCUGUUGCUGGCGUUCGGCGCCAGCGUCAACGCUGUGGACAGCGAGCUGUGGACGCCCCUGCACGCGGCCGCCACCUGUGGCCACCUGCACCUCGCCCGGCAGCUCGUCGAGCAUGGCGCGGAUCUGCUGGCCGUGAACGCCGACGGGAACAUGCCCUACGACAUCUGCGAGGAUGAGGUCACCCUCGACUACAUAGAGACUGCCAUGGCCUCCAAAGGCAUCACCCAGGAAACCAUCAACAGCAAGCGCUGCGCCACCGAGCUGAGCAUGAUCCACGACAUACAGGAAGUGUCACGCAGCGGAGAGAACCUGGACGGACGCGACGAGCACGGGGCCACGCUGCUGCACAUAGCGGCGGCGCACGGCUACCUGCGUGCCGCGGAGCUGCUGCUGGAGCUGGGGGUGAGCGUGGAGUGCAAGGACCGCGACGGCUGGGAGCCACUGCACGCAGCCGCGUGCUGGGGUCAGCUGGAAAUGGCCGAGGUGCUGGUGUCUCACGGAGCGAGCUUCGAUGCCAAGACCUACCAAGACGAGACACCGGUUGACCUGUGCGAGGACGACGACAUGCGGCAGAGGCUAGUGGACCUGAAGAUGAAGAGGGACGCCAUCAUGAGGACUCAGGGCCACGCGAGGUCCUCGCUGCAGAGGAAGACUUCCAGCGUUGGCAGCCGGGGCAAGGUGAGCCGCCGCGUGAGCGUCAACGAACGCAGCGACCUCUACCGGCGCGAGCACCGCGAGGAGGCCACCCUGUGGAUGAAGUUGGACAGCGCCGGGGUCGGUGCGCGGGCGGCGGCGGCGGCCGACGACGACGACGACGCAGACGGCGCCGGGCCGCAGGCCGGACAGAGAGCGCGGCAGAACGGGGGACUCGCCGAGGCCCCUAGCCGCAACGCCGCUCCGCACAAAUCCGGCAGAGCCCCCAAACCGCCGCACCAAGCAGCUUCCGUGUGCUCCCCGCGGGCCUCCGGGCAGCCGCACGCCACCGCCUCCACGUCGUCGGCUGCGGCGGUGACGGUGGCGGUGACGGCGGCGGUGGCGGCGGCGGCCGCGGUGGCAACCGGCGCCGCCCGCGUCCCGGCGUUCCUGGACGACGCCGUCGCGGUCGCCGCCGCCGCCGAACCCGCGGCGCUCCACCGCACGCCGUCGUACGUCGACACGCUGCGCAGGCGCGCCGGCAACUCUGGGCUGGCCCAUCACUCCACGUCGUCGCUGCACCACCACCACCACCAUCACCACCACCAUCAGCACCAGCAACAGCAGCACGAACAGGAAUCGUCCGCCUCCGACGGUCACCUGACCAACCUCUCGUCGCCCGACGAAGUGAAACUUUCGUCGGGCUCUCCGACGCCGCCCGCUAGCCUCUCCCCUCCUCCCCCGGCUGGCGGCGGCGGCAGCGUCGGCGAUGCAACCGGGGUGGAGGCGGAGCCGGCCAUGAGCCGGGCUCGCUCUCGGCAGACGCUCGCCGAGCUCAAGCGGCAGCGUGCGGCGGCGAUGCUGCGCGGGAGGGCGCUCUCCCUCGAGGGGCUCGCCCUCUCGCUGCUGCCGUCCGCUGCCGGCAGAACGUUGGCCGUCAACGGGGGACUGCCCGUCGUUCCGGAGGAGGCGUCGGCCGCAGGAGGGCGAGGAGGAGGAGGAGUGGCGCCGCGUCCCGCCGCAGUCGUACACUUCGUUGACGGCGACGCCGCCGCAGUACGACCCGCCUCUCAUCAAGUUCCGCUCGAUGAACUCGCUGGACAUCGUCGGAGAGGCGAGGAACACGCGGUGCUGCGUCGUGAUGUGAUGACGGAUGUGGCGAUGACGACUGCGACCGAUAACACCCGGAUUUGUCCCGUGGCCCCUUGCCAGCAGAGAGCAAGCCUUCCGCGCUCGCACGCGUUGGCCUCAAAGUGCACACUCGCAAGGCGCUUGCAUCGUGGUGACAUCUCCGCCACCUGGUGGCGAAUAGGGGAUAAUUGGCAGUAGCAGCCACGGUAUUGAAGUCGCAUGUAUGUAUGUAUGUUGUUUGUUUCCUGGCCGACUGGUGUUUUUCGGGCCGUUUGGGCCUCGGUUCGGCAACCGUAAUAUAAUAUAAAAAAAAACGUCCAAAAAGUCUUAAGCAUGCUGUGAAAACCCUAACUGGAGGAACACAAAAGUCACAAACCUGAAGGAGCCAAGAGGUUUUGAAAUGGAAGUCCUGUUGGCUUUGUAAUUUGAACGACCGCUUUGCAAACGGUUGCGUUUUAUACUGUAAUUCAAAGUGGUACCUUGUGAGCUCGACAUUGCAAUAUCGUUAUUUUCUAACGGUUUGAUUUUGCUUUUUAUUUAUGAUCGUUAACUCGGACGGAGCCUGCAAAUGUGCGAUAUUUCUUAAUUUUCAUCGUCUCCAAAUGCGGUUGCAAUCGAACACUUUCGUAAUCCUUGUUCGUGUUGUCGUGCUAUCAACGAUGGAACCUUUCCCACCGCAGACAAACUAUUUAGCGGGAUGUUUUGUCCUCACGUAAGAAACUGUUGCGGUCCUUUCCCGUACAAAAUAGUAGAACCAGAAAACCCCGAACUUAGACGUCACAUUUAUUUUCGACAGCCCAGCGCGCGCACCCUCGAGCGAUUACUUCCUCUCGAAGUAAUCUCGCGACUCGAUCAAAUCGCCGGCGACUGCUUUUUCCGCACCCGGGGUGAGCAGCCGCGCGGCGAGCGAACUGAAACGGAGCGUUCAGGAUCGCAGCUUGCAGCGCGUAACGAAACCCGUCGGUCCCAUCUCCACUGAGGGCAAAGCCGGUUUGCGCAGGUUGCUUGCAACUCGUUGCAAGAGACGUCCAUGUACAAACGAUUUGGGUUGUGCGCAUCCAGGUUGCGCAACGGAUCGCUUGGGUGCGGAGGUGUACGACGUGGCGUUGGUUUUCGCGGUUGUGUGUUUUUGGGUUGUACCGCGUGUUAAGGGGCGCCACGGUGGCUAGGAGAUGUUAACUACCUCGCCUGGUAUACAGGACGUCGUGGGUUUGAUCCCGACCCUGACGCCUGGGUAUAUUUGGAGUUUGCGUGUCUCUCUCCCCGUGGUCGCGUGGAUUUCUCUCCUGGUCCUCCGUUUUUUUCCCCUCCACAUUUAGGAUCAACGUCACGCGUUUAAGAGUAUUUGGCCAAUUUCCUUUGUGGCCAGGUCGCUUCUGAAAAAGAGCCACAUAGCUCAGUGGGGCCCUCCCGGAGAAAAACAAUCCACCCGGUAUUAACCAGGGCGGCGGCCGCUGGGUUCGAAACCGCGAGACCUCUGUGACCUUUGCGACCUCUGCGACAAGCGGGCGAACUCGCUCUCGCUAGCUGCCGCCGGGCCCCGUCGUUGCUGCCCGCCACCCCCUCCCAACGUGAACCGCUCCACGCGCUCGAAGCUCCUUCAAGAGAGGGUGAACGCCUCGUAUCCCGAUCGAGCUGCCAGCGUGCGGAGCGUGCGGAGCGAAACGUCGGACAACGCGCGGUACAACCCCUCCGAGCUGCGAUGGAGGGUCAGUUCGCUUCUACUGUGAAGUUGCGAACGCGCAUCGUGGCAAGAUAUCCAUAAAACAGUUUUAACACGUAGUAGUACGGCUUUCGCGACCAAUAUUAUAUCCAUAGAAAAGUUUUUUUUGGGUUAGACCGCCACCACCUGUGAAAAAGCACAUUCCUGCGGAGGGAGCUGGUAGGAACGUUGGGUUGCUCGUUCAAUGGCCAGGGUCAACGGCGGCGUGGUGUAUUCCGCAAAUAUGCCUGAUUGUGAGGGCGAGCACAAUCCGGCGUGAGUUGGUUAAACGUUGAGUUUUAUAAGGGCACCACGGGGUGACCAGCCCCUCCCCACCCAGCCCCUCCCCACCCUCCCCUCCUCACCCAGCCCCACCCUCCUUACCCAGCCCCUCCCAACCCUCCCCUCUCCACCCAGCCCCACCCCUCCCAUUUUUGGAUGCACGACGGACGGACACAAUAAUCCCCUGUGGGCUGGUGGAACCAGGAGGUUCCUACCAGUAAAAGGUGCCAAUUAGUUACUGCUUCAGCACUAACCUGUCUGUUGGGGACUAAACCCACAACAUUUACUAUUCGAGUUUGACAUUUCGCUGGUGAUUACAACCAACCUCAUCGGCGAAACGGGGGACUUCUUCGUAGUUCUCACUAAUCGGUUUAACGACGCAUUUAUAUUUACCCGAUCUAACCCAAAACAACUUUUAUUAUGGAUAUCCAGAAACACCGAGUGACCAAUAAGCAAAUAUCCCUGAAAUCUGACACGGCGAAUGUAGCAUUUAGCAACUCCAAAGAGUUGGAACAGAGUUCGCUAAACCUUUUAGAUGGUUCUCGAAGGUCGAUUGUCUCUCGCUCUCUGCGCCGCGCCGUCAAAGAUAAUCAUCUCAACGUGAAGCGUUUACCCACGAAGGCCUCGCUGAUUCUCCGUCCUCUCGUUAUUGGGUGAU